AUGGCUCACAAACCAAGCAUAUGCACAAUGUCCCUAGGUCGGUGCUUCGCCGGCCACUCCCUCCCCCAUAAACUCGACAUGGCUGCCAAAUACGGCUUCCAGGGAAUAGAAGUCUUCUACGAAGACCUCGUCGACCUCGCAAAGUCCCUCCCCGGCGGCGACACACACUCCAACCAAGUCACAGCCGCCCGCACAAUCCACGACCUAUGCGCCGCCCGUUCUCUAGAGAUUAUCUGUCUGCAGCCGUUUAUGCACUUUGGUAACUUGGUCGAUCGCGCUGAGCAGGCCAAGCAAUUUGAUGAGCUGCGGCUGUGGUUCGAUCUCGUGCACGCCCUGCAGACGGAUCUCAUCUUGUUUCCGAGUAGCUUUCUCGCCGAGGAUAAACUCGCGGGUGGCGUUGAUACCCUCGUGUCUGACUUUACUGUGGCGGCGGAGAUGGGCCUGCAGCAGACGCCAGUUGUCAAGUUUGCGUAUGAGGCGUUGUGUUGGGGCACGCAGAUCAACACGUGGGAGGCCAGCUGGGAUAUCGUCCAACGGGUUGACAGGGAGAACUUUGGACUGUGUCUUGACAGCUAUAACAUCCUGGGGAGGAUCUACGCCGAUCCGACUACAGCUUCAAGAAAAACGAACGACUGCGAGCAAGUGACACUUGACUCGACCAAGAGACUCCUUUCCGACGUCGACGUGUCAAAGGUGUUUCUCCUCCAGGUCGCAGACGGCGAGAGACUCAGCCAGCCUUUGAACGAAAGUCAUCCGUUCUACAACGCAGAGCAGCCAGCGAGGAUGAGCUGGUCCCGCAACUCAAGACUGUUUUACGGCGAGACUUCAUAUGGCGCGUAUCUCCCGUGCAAGCACCUGCUUCGGGCGGUAGUCCAGGGUCUGGGCUUUGAGGGGUGGUUGAGUUUCGAGGUGUUUAACAGGAGGCUCACGGAGACGGAUCAGAUUGUACCUGAGGAGUCAGCGAAAAGAGCGGCUGAGUCGUUUGAGAAGAUGAAGGUUGAUCUUGGGCUGCGGACUUCAGAUGUGCAGCCAAGAUUACAAGCAAUGCUUUAA